GUUCAGUGUAGCCAGGAAACUCAGUAAAGAUGAAACUCCAAUCAGCCUUUAUCGUCCUCGCCAGCAUCAUCAGCUCAUCCCUAGCAUUCACCAUCGACUGUAACUUCCGUUUGGACCAUUAUUCAUGGCUUGAUGGUGAAUUCUACACAUGCCGUCGUGACAACUUAACAGCAGCAACAAGACGUGAUGAUCGCUAUGUCGAUGACAUGAUUGGAACUCACAUGUCAGGCCAUAGUAACGAAGAUGUUCGCGGUGUACACAUUAAAGGUGAUCUUGUUCAUUAUUUCCCAUGGAAAAUGGACCUUCAUCUUCCACAUUUGUCAUUUAUUGCUAUCGAGUACACAAAUAUGCUUGAAAUUCGUGGAACUGACUUGACGCCAUUCCCAGAUUUGGAAUAUUUGUAUCUCGGCUACAACUCAAUUGAAGUCAUUGAAAAGGAUUUGCUGAAGUCGAAUCCAAGAUUGAAAGGAAUUUCACUCGAGAACAACCGAAUCAGAUUUGUCCAUGAUCAUGUCUUCAACAAUAUCGUUAAAAGACUCAAAUUUAUGAGUUUUGAGAAAAGUGGAUGUGCUGACUUCCGUGAGGACACAGACAUGGGUUCAGCUGUUGCUCGAAUUGCUGAUCAAUGUGGAAAUUAUGAUAAUAUUGCUGGACUUCUUACUGAUUUGUACUUUGCACAGAGGCAUCGUCUUUAUGUUUAAGAUGAGGUGAAGGAAAGGCUUAAGUGAGGUUAUGUUGAUGUUGAAAUAAAAUGUUUUGAUGAAGUAAAUCAAUAUUUUAUUCUCACUUUGAGGGAGUUGGAAGGUAGGUGGAGGAGGUUCUUUAACUUAAGAUAAGAUCAAGAGCCUUUUUUUUUUAAAAUAAAUUUGAUAACAAAAAAUUUUCUGAAUCAGAUUAUUGAGCAUGUUAGAUACAAGUUAGAGGCAUUGUGUUCAUGAUCAUCAACUUAAUAUUCCCAACCAUGCAGCACACACUAUUCAUCGAUCUAGCAUUUAAUACGACUGUCUUGGGACGAAUUCCACACUGAAAUUCACAGCUGUGCACUUUUGAGCGUCAUAGCCCCGGUUUUUGGACAAUGUCCCGCUUUUUUUUGAAUUUCCACCUUUUUUGAGUUCCCGCCUUUUUCAAGUUCCCGUCUUUUUUGAUUUGUUGUCCGUCCAUCGCGCUUUUUCAGAACUGCAAUAGGGAUUUUUGAUAAAGAAUCGGCAAAAACCGAUGGACAGCCUAAUCAUAUGACAACAUUGAUGAUUUAACUACUGUUAAUUAAGCUGUGAAUUGCCAAUUAGUAUGCACAACUUUUGAGAUUUUCCCGUUCCGAUAAGUCAAUCGAAAAUAAUCUUUGUUGUAGUUAUUGAAUAGGAAGGCUCAGUGUUUCUCAAACUAUUCUCCGCGGAGCUUUACUGUUCCGCUAAAGCAAAUCCUAAAUGUGUUAAAAGUAGUUGCCAGCGUGGUGCGAAAUUAAAAAAGCGGACAACCCAAAGAGUUUGAGAAGCACUGGAUUAGCUUAACAACACAAAUUAUGACUGUGAUCUAAAUCAAUUUGAGUGAUAAGUGAUUGCAAUUGAUAGAUUAAUUCUUAAUAAAAGCUUAGUGAAAAGUUGAAAAA